AUGCCGAUCCAAGAUUUUUGGAUGCAGGCCAUACUCUCCUCCACUCCCAGUCCAGUCCCAUCAAUCGGCUCAAAUUUUUCCAACGAUGAAAAUAACCUGGCAACUCCUCUCCCAUUUUGGAACCCGACUUUGAUUCAACAAUUUUUGGCGCUUUAUCAAAUGUCACAAUCAACCAAUCAGAUUUUUGCGCCGCAGCAAAAUUUGAAUCAGAAUUUGAAAAUUCAAAAUCAAAAUGAGAUGAUGCCUAGUCGAAAACGACCAUUUUUGGAUGAGAAGGAAAAAGUUAGAAAAGUGAAGAGCCGGAAAUUGGGAGAGGAUACAGUUACACAAAGUCCAGUCAGCGGAAUGUUUAUCAAGGUUAGUUUCAGGGCUUGAAUUUUUGAGUUUGAAUCGAAAAUGGGCGGAGAAUCAUUUCAAAAACCACAAUUUUCUCCUUCAAGAUACCUUGAAACGUAGAUCACCCUGGAUCCAAAUCCAAAGCUUCCAAUUAUUUAUUUUUCCAUCUAAUUCCCCCAAUUACCAUCUCAAAAACCCCGCUCGAAAAAAAGCUCGCCGAGGAGUAGGAAAAGCUGCUCUGCUCUUAAUUACCACCCGCUGAUUUUUACCAGCUCUCAGAGAAAAAAGGGGGCAAAAGGACCUUCUGUUUCGGCUCUUUUUAUUCGGAAAAAAGAGAAAAGAUUGAUUGAUCUAAUGAAUAUUAAUUUAGCAUAGUAAUUAGAAUUGGGAUUGGAUUUUUUUGUGGAAGAAAAAAGAGAAUACAGAAAAUGCGAUAAUUGAUUUUAGGAAGAGUUAGGAUAACUCCUAGGCUUUAAAAAAUUCAAAAACUAAAUUCAGGUUAGAUUAGCCUAACUCUUUAGUUGUGGACUUAUUUAUCUUCAUUAGAGAAAUUUUUUAAAAAAUAGAUUUAGGCUAAUUCUCUACAAAAACAUAAGCUAACUUCUAGGCUUCUAAAAAUUCUGUCAAAAUAAGUUAGGCUAACUCAUUCAACCCUCAAUCAAUUCCAGGAAGAAUGCGAUGUUGCUCCACUCGAAGAGCUUCAAAAAGAAGCAGAUCUUCUCGAUGAAACCGCCGCCUACGUGGAUGUCACCGAAGAAUCUCGCCGGAAAAUCUCCCAAAUCCCAAAUCUGAUCGGCGAUUGUAUUUGUCGACUUUGCAAAGUGAAAUAUGAUGAUGUUUUUCGAUUGGCUCAACAUAAAUGUCCAAGAAUUGCUCACGAAGAAUAUAAAUGUCCAGAUUGUGAUAAGGUAUGGGAAUAUAGCCUAACUUGGCACCAGCCAAAAGGGAUCCCGCCAAAUCUCUAAUCCCCCCACUUGACAGUUUUUGUUAGUCGGCGGGGCGGGUUGACUCAAAAACCCGAUCAUGCUGUGAAUUAUGAAUUCUCAAGUACUUCUUCUAAUGUACAUAUCUGUCACCUGCUACUAGAUACCACUAAAUAAACAACAUCUGUUCACAAAACAUGCAUUUGAGGAUUUAGAAGCCUAUGAGGAUUUUUAGGGACUUUAAGAGGCCUUUAGGGACAUUUAGAAACCUUUAGAGGCCUUAAGGAUUCACAAAACAUGCAUUUGAGGAUUUAGAAGCCUAUGAGGAUUUUAGGGACCUUUAGGAAUCGUUAGGUACGUUUAGAGGUCUUUCGGAAUCAUUAGCAAGCUAUAGAAACCUUUAGAUACCUUACGGACUAUUCAGAAACAUUCAUAGACCUUAGGAAAGCUUAUUAACCUUAAGAAACCUCUAUGGAACUCUAGAAGCCUUUAGGAAACUCUAGAAAUCUUUAGGAGAAUUUAAAGGCCUUAAGGAAUAGUCAGAGACCUUCAGAAACUUCUAAAGGACUUUAUGGAUCUCAGGAAGCCUUUGGGAGCUUUAGAGACCUUAGGAAAUGUUCAGAAACAUUCAUAGACCUUAGGAAAGAUUUAGGAAUUUCUAAAAACGUUUUAAGACAUAAAGAAGCCUUAAGAAACCUCUAUGGAACUCUAGAAACCUUUAGGAAACUCUAGAAAUCUUUAGGAGAAUUCAAAGGCCUUAGGAAACUUCUAAAGAACUUCAUGGAACUCUAGAAACUAUUAGAAAACUUUAGAGAUCUUAAGGAAUAUUCAGAGACUUUCAUAGACUUUAGGAAAGCUUUAGGGAUUUUUAAAAACGUUUAGAGACAUAAAGAAGACUUAAGAAACCUCUAUGGAACUCUAGAAACCUUUAGGAAACUCUAGAAAUCUUUAGGAGAAUUUAAAGGCCUUAAGGAAUAGUCAGAGACCUUUCGAAAGUUCUAAAGGACUUUAUGCAUUUCUGAAAGCCUUUAGAAACCUUUAGAGACCUUAGGAAACAUUCAGAAACAUUCAUAGACCUUAGGAAUGCUUUAGGGAUUACUUAAAACGUUUCAAGAUAUAAAGAAGCCUUAAGAAACCUUUAUGGAACUCUAGAAACCUUUAGAAACAUUUAGGCGAAUUUAAAGACCUUUAGCAACUUCUAAAGGACUUUAUGGAUCUCUGGAAGCCUUUAGGAUCUUUAAAGUCUUUAAGGAACCUUCAUUUUCCGUUAGAAACUUUCACGAACUUCUAGGAACCUUUAAAGUUCCCUCAGCCUCUCAAAACCUCCUAAAAUCAUAUUUUUCAGACAUUCUCCUGCCCGGCCAAUCUGGCUUCUCAUAGAAGAUGGCACAAACCCCGCGAAAUGUCGGCUGCACAAAAUUUGAGCACACAAAACCUAUCAUGCCUGAAUUGCUUCUCGAUUUUCCCCACCCGCAAAAUCCUAAAGGCACAUACCGUAACCUGCCAACGUUCACCACUUCAAAGUCUUCUAGCAAGAUGUGUACAGUAA